GUCCCCUGAAACACAAAAGCCAAAAAAGCCCCAUGAAGCACGGUAAUACGGAGUAAUUAGUGGAGCAGUAGAGGCAACGCUGGGAUCUGGUUUUCACAAUCACGUCCCAUUGUGCUUCGGUCCCUAACAGCGUCACUGAUCCUGGCCAGACUUAUCAUGUGCUGUUACGGUAACUGAUUGACUUUACCGAUAUGGUCGUUAUCCUAUCCAUGCUACAUCUCGGAGAAGUAUCUUUACACCCCGCGAUCUACCUACCUUCAUGACUUCAAAUUUGCACCCGCGCGGCAAUGCAACCUUUUCUCAUUAACAUAUAAUCAAAGCCAAGAAAAAAGAAAAUAAACGGCCGGCAGGAACGGCCAAACUUUGAGUCACAUUUUGUUCUUGGGACAAGGUGCUUGAGAUUUGUUAGGACGUCCUUCUAGCUGUCGAUUUGAAAUGGCAACGCCAACGACAUCUGAAGGGGAUCAGGCACAGAUCUCGGCCUCAUUGGGUGGCCAGGAUCCAAAAGAGCCUCCGCAGAGACCAUUGUACCAAUCGAAGCAUGUACCAUCCGAUUCAAUGGUUACCGUUCGCCUUUCGGAUUCGACCAUUUCCUCCAGAAUUGAAGCAUUCCCGAGAUUAAGCCGGCCCGUACCUAAUAUUAUCACCGAAGAUGAAGUCACAGGCAUCCCAAACCGUGCUGCAAAUCGAUGGAGUAUGGAAACAACAACCCCAUCCACAGUUGGUGACACCCAAACAGCGUCAGCCUAUCAAGCCGCCGCCGCCGCCGCCCUCGAAGGUCAUACGGCCGAGUCGUCAGAUAUAUGUAGCAAAUCGAGGACCAAUAGUGUGAGCUCAGCUUCCUCAGAGGAGAGUGACCGAGUAGACUGGGCAGAAUUGGACAAGACGGAGGAGCAGGAACCUCGAGAUGAGUGUUCAGAUGAGUCAACUGCAUUCCUUCUUGCAAGGCUUGAGCGUGAGAACAAUGCACUAGCCACAGAUCCCAAGUCGAAUCUUCGCACCGGCCGCGUCAGAAGCAAAUCCCGGCCGCCUUCGAUUCACCAAAUCAAGCAACUCGUACGAGAACCGGUCGCCCCUCUUCUUAGAUACUCGCAAUUGCCAGCCCCACCGCCGAUGACAGAAUUGGAGUUUUGGGCGGCACUUGUCCAAGAUUAUCCCCGGACCGCUCAGCGUCUUCCGACGUUGACCUCGAACAAAGUGCGCGCAGGCAUUCCCCCUCCAUUACGAGGGGUGGUCUGGCAAAGUAUGGCAGGUGCCAGAGAUAAAUUGCUGGAGGAACAGUACGAUCGGCUAGCUGGAGAGCAGAGUCCGUACGAAAAUCUGAUUGGCAAAGACAUUGGGCGAAGCUUUCCUGGGGUGGAAAUGUUUCGGGACCCAGAGGGAGAAGGCCAAAAGAUGAUGGGCAGAGUGCUCAAGUGCUUUAGCUUGUACGAUCAUAAGAUUGGAUAUUGCCAGGGGCUUGGCUUUUUAGUGGGCCCGUUGCUGAUGCAAAUGGGUGAAAAAGAAGCAUUUUGCAUGCUUGUGAGAUUGAUGGAACAUUAUGACCUCCGAUCCUGUUUUCUUCCUGAUCUAUCAGGCCUUCACGUCCGCAUCUAUCAGUUCCAAAAUCUCCUGAAUCAACACUUGCCAAAUCUUGCCGCUCACCUCGACAACCUCCAAAUCGAACCCGCGUAUAUUCCACAAUGGUUCCUCUCAUUUUUUGCAGCAACGUGCCCAUUGCCGAUGCUCCUCCGCAUUUAUGACGUUCUCUUGGCGGAGGGUGCAGCGGAGACAUUAAUUCUGGUUGCAUUGUCGCUCAUGCGUCGAAAUGAAACCAGGAUAAUGGCAUAUACAGAAUUCGAAGAUGUGAUGCAAUUUUUGCUUUCUCGAGCCAUGUGGGACACAUACAGCUUUAAUACCGAUGAUUUCGUCAACGAUUUUGUGGGAUUUACGGGCGUUGUCAGUCGUGAAAAUUUGCAAUCGUUGGAAUCGAGUUUCUUGGAUGCCCAAAGCGAGGGGUCUGCAACACGGAUAGGUUCUUUGCCAGAUCUUCAAGCGGCAGCAUCUAGAUUUCUUGGUAGAUUAUGGGCAGGCUCCAAUUCAUCCACUAAAUCAGCAUCCUUGACUCCUGGGUUGGCCGCGCCCUCCCGACCUAUCAGCUUCCUUCGGCGGUCGCCUUCAAAGCAGAGCAUUGCGUCGACAUUGAAUUCCUGUGAAGGCGGUUCGGACAGCGUCACCAGUUCCGCGCAAACUGAUGCGACAUCAGUCUCAAGGCAAUCUUCGACAGACUACUCAUCAACAAGAGCCAAGGAGGCUCCCUCUAUGGCAAUCUCCACCCGUAGCGCUGUCUCAAUCAAAGAUAGAGAUCUUCAUGGUCAAAUCGAGGACCUAUUGACUGCCAUGAGCGCAUCACAAAGAGAACAUGGGAUGGUACUGGUGCAACUGCAGAAGGAGAAGGAAGACCGUGAGGAGAAGAGACGAACGAUUUUAUCAUUCAUCGAUUUAGUCCGCCGAUUCCUCGGCCAGUCAGGGCAUUUGGCACCUUCAGCGGCCGAGCCAACCGCCGCAAUUCCCGAAAACGUGAGCGUGUUUAUCGAACUAUCAAAGACGGUUGAGUUUAUGGAGCAGACUUUUGCCUCUGAAGAUGAUAAUCGAAGGUCAUCCAUUUUGCAAACAAAGCAUCAACUUCGCGAUGAAUCGGCACGAUAUAAACAAAUGUUAGACCACGAAAUGAUUCAUUCCCAGGAGCUGUCACGACGCAUUGACGAACAAGAACAAGAGAUGAAGGGGCUGCGAGAAGAGUUGAGGCUGGCACGAGCCCGUCUGCAGGACGGUUACAAUGAAAAUCAAAGGCUUCAACAGACUAUUCAAAACUUGCGGUCGCGGUCUCCGGCUUGCAGAUCGCCUGACGACGCCAGCAGUCCUGUCGAAGGGCCAGCGACGCAGUCAGGGGAUGGUCUUUCAAGACGUGGAUCUGUUCACGGCGGUCUAAGAGAGCUAAAGCUGGGAAGGACCGCUUCAAAACGAUCUCAGACAACGCCAAUUUUUGCGAAGCGCACCAGUAGUCUGAGCACACAAGGGGUUCUGUCGACCGAAAACCACAAGCCUGUUGCCGAGGACACUCUGCUCGUCGAGCUAGUUAAUGCCAAGACCUCAGAAGCCCUGGCGAAGCAAGAAUUAGAAGAGGUCAAGGGUAAAUUGGAGUCAAUGCGGAAAUUGGUAAACCAAAACCACAAUAAUUCGGGCAGUGGCAGCCAAAAUUCUCCCCGGCAUGAAGGCCACGAUGAGUGGCCUCGUGUAUCGACGACGACGACGACGCCGCCAGUAAAGACGCCUGAUCAGCAAAAAACAACCCCCCCUGCCAGCUCUAGUGGCGGCUUUUGGAGCGGAUGGGGAAAACGGAGCGUAUCAAGUACAGUUCCUCAGGAUGGACGAUGAAUUUCAGUUCUCAAAUAUACUAGAGUGUAUUCUAUUCUCGGCGUGUUUUUCAUAGCGUGGCUUUUGUAUUCUCCGUUUGCCUUUUCCUCUCCUGACUUAUUUUGCGCGAAGGAUAUUUUAGUAGAUCCUAUGACUUUGACGAAUCGUCUUUUUUUCUUGACAGCGAGCUGAUCUAUCGUAAAGCUUAUAUAAGAGCCGGCCACAAUAGUUUUAUUCUCUUUAUCUGCCAGCUUACCUGGCUUACUAGUUAGCCAAAUACAAUGGUAUAACACCUCGUUGAAGU